UGAUAAAUUAAAUUGCUUGUAACUGUAGAAUGCGUUUCUCCAGUAUAAAAGUCCCAAGUGCCCAGCAGAAAGCAUCAGUUGUAUCACCAACAAUCAACCCAAAUAACCAAAGCAAAAUGGCAGCCCGUUUCUUUGUUGUCUUCAGCGCCAUGCUCGUCCUGGCCCAAGGAUCGAAUAUCUUGCCAAUCGAAGAGGAAGCGGAGGUGGCAGUUCACUCUGGAGUGGUUUCGGCCGGAGCUCCUGUUUCCAUUGUUUCGCAAGGACAUCCCUCGGUGUCCCAGCCCAUUGGUUCACCCUACGGUCAUGGCCCACUCCCAGUUCCAGUUCCCGUCGGAGGAGCUCAUCGCGGAAUCGGAACUGGCUCGGCUGGACCUCGUGGCUAUGGAGCUGCUCCACGUCCAGCUGUGUCCUACGUCCGCCCUGGCGCCGUGGUCGUUCCUGCUGUCGUAGUGGCCCCAGUGGCUCCCAUUCGCCAGCCGGUUGUUGUGGGAGCCGGUCAUGGAAAUGUGCAUGGCCGCCAUCACGGAUAGAAAACCCAUCACGACGCUAGCCAAAAUUUUUAUGAAUCCCGUUUUACUCACCAUUUACCCACCCUAUUAAAGCAAUUUGAAAUGUACUUUAAAUCAGUAAUAAAUAAUAACUUGACAACUUAUACCAUUUGUACUUAU